UCAGUCUCUAGCCAUUCGGGAAAAUUGCUUAUUAGGUUCGGAUCUGCUUUGUUCUUUUGUUCAAAAAGCCGUUUUUUAUCUGCAUUAAUUUCGGUGUCUUUUAUGAAUAAUCAAAAGCAGCAAAAGCCAACGCUUACCGGCCAGCGUUUCAAAACUCGGAAAAGAGAUGAAAAGGAGAGAUUUGACCCUACUCAGUUUCAAGAAAGUAUCGUUCAAGGCUUGAACCAAACUGGCUCUGAUUUGGAAGCAGUAGCAAAGUUCCUCGAUGCCUCUGGCGCAAAACUCGAUUACCGCCGGUAUGCUGAGACGCUCUUCGACAUCCUGGUGGCUGGAGGAAUGCUGGCCCCAGGUGGUACUCUAUCUGAUGACAUGACUCGUACUGAGUUCUGCCUCUUCACGGCAAGUGAAGACCUGGAGACCAUGCAGGCUUACGCUCAGGUUUUUAACAAGCUGAUAAGGCGUUACAAGUACCUGGAGAAAGGGUUUGAAGAAGAGAUUAAGAAGCUGCUGCUGUUUUUAAAAGGGUUCACUGAGUCAGAGAGGAAUAAGUUGGCCAUGCUUGCCGGAAUCCUGCUGGCCAAUGGCAAUAUAUCAGCCUCCAUCCUGAGCAGCCUCUUUAAUGAGAACUUGGUCAAGGAAGGUGUGUCUGCCGCCUUCGCUGUGAAACUGUUCAAAUCUUGGAUCAAUGAAAAAGACAUCAACUCAGUUGCUGCUAGCCUGCGAAAAGUUGGCAUGGACAACAGGCUGAUGGAGCUGUUCCCUGCCAACAAGCGUAGCUGCGAACACUUCUCAAAAUAUUUCACAGACGCUGGGCUGAAGGAGCUCUCAGACUUCGCUCGUAAUCAGCAGUCCAUUGGAGCCCGAAAAGAGCUUCAGAAAGAACUGCAGGAGCAGAUGUCACGUGGCGAGACCCUAAAAGACAUCAUUACCUACGUUCGUGAGGAGAUGAAGAAAACGAAUAUUUCGGAGCAGACAAUGAUCGGCAUUGUUUGGACCAGCGUCAUGAGCUGUGUCGAGUGGAAUAAAAAGGAGGAGCUCGUCACCGAGCAAGCUAUCAAACACUUGAAGCAAUACAGCCCACUGCUGAAUGCCUUCACCUCCCAGGGCCUGUCUGAGCUCACCCUCCUGCUGAAGAUCCAGGAGUACUGCUAUGACAAUAUCCAUUUCAUGAAGGCAUUCCAGAAGAUCGUGGUGCUUCUUUACAAAGCUGAUGUUUUGAGUGAGGAGGUGAUUUUGAAGUGGUACGCAGAAGCCCACGUGGCCAAGGGAAAGAGCGUCUUCCUCGAGCAGAUGAAGAAGUUUGUAGAAUGGUUGAAGAACGCUGAGGAGGAGUCUGAAUCUGAGGAAGAGGAGGGAGACUAAACCAUGUCAACAGAAUGUUUUGUUACUGAAGUGCUUGUCUAAUCCCCCAAUUUCUUUUCUUCUCUCUUUUGGUGCUUUUUUCCCCUUGAUUCUACCUCCUGUUUUUCCAUAACAUUUAGAUGUCAUUUAAGGGCUUAAUAAAACAAAUGGUUAAUUUUAACAGAUUUUUCUAAUAUUAAGGUUUACACUUAAAAUAGCACAAGUUGUGGUCAAUAUUUGUAAUGAUUUACUCAAGGAACUUAAGUGUUGACACAGUUAGGACAUCUUUAUUAUUGUUAUAAUGAUUCACUAAGAAUUGACAUUCCAUUGGAUUAGAUAUGUUUUGCUGCCUUGUUUGCUUUCAAGAUGCCCUUUUCUACAUUGUAUUGAUGAAUUUAUGCUCCAUCAUGAUCGGUGUCCAGAACGGGAAAGAGACCUGUCUCAUGAUGUUAUUGCCAAAGGUUUAAGUUCUGCUGUCAUAACAUCCAUCAGCAUUCUGUCUAUAAAAUUGUACAGUGCUGACAACGAGUUACUUACCACCCCAUAAAGACCCUUAAAUGACUCCAGACCUCUUCUCUAUGAUGUAUCUCCAUUUUAUGUCACCAAUUUCUUUAAAUAACUAAUUUACUUUUUUUAAGAAAUAAAAA